AUGUAAAUGAAAUAUGGCGACCCCCGUUAAACGAAAGCGUGAAAGUUUCAGCAAUUGUAACCAUGAUUUAAAUUCUAAUCAAAAGCAGAAUAUUUUUUCUGAUGCACCCGACAAGUUAAAAACUUUUACUGCAUGGUGUGCAUCGAAUAAAUUCAAUAUUUCACGAAAGGUACCAUUAAGAAAUCAUUUUUUGCGCUACGAUGCUUUAUUGAAUUAAUGCAUUCAAUUCAUAAGACAAUUCAAUAUGAUCCAAUCAUUAAAUCUGCAAUCUAUAUUAUUACUUUAAUUUUGAUUUUUAUUAUUAAAAAUUAGUAAAUAUUUCGGUCAUAUUUCUUGUGAUUAGGCUAUUUCAGAUUUAGCGGCCCACGACUUUGUUUUGGAUUCACUCUCUUUGUUUUUUUAACCUGUCCAAUACCAUGAUUCUCAACAAAGCACUUCUUAUAUUGGAAUUGUCCCGCUACUCUAAAUCCCGAAAAUUCAUGUCUGUAAAUCAAAAAUUGUAAUGAAAUGAAACUGUCAUCACAUUUUCUUUACUUAAACGAUAUGGUGAAGCAGUGCUACCAACCUUUUUUAGCUGACUGUGCCCUUUUAAAUUUAAAAACACUUUCUAUGGUGUUUUACAAGUUAAUAACAAUGAGACGUGGGGAGGUAACGACUGGGGAAACCCCGAGAAGCGCUCCCGUAUCACUGUAUUUGAAUUGGAAUGGUGGUGGUCCACACCAGCACAUUUUUCUACAUCUUGAGGGGAAUCAUUUUUACCAACUACAGACUUUUUGUGGGGGAGGGGUGGCAAAAUCUUGGCUUUCCCUGCAUGACACAAGCCCUCGAUUUACUACUGGGAAGCACUGUGGUAAACUAUUCUCUUAAAAAUGAAGUUAACACCUGCAUUUAUAACACCUUUGAAGUGUAUUUUAUGGCAAUAGUUUAGGCCUAACUAGUAUUACCUUAUUUUUUUUUUUUUUUAAAGAAUGAUCAAUAAAAGCCAUUCCCAAUUUCCACAUCUGAAAGUGUAAGUAACUUAAACAUCAUUAUUGUGUCUUAAGACAGAAAGUGGUAUCCUCAUAACAAAAUUUGGAAAUAUGAAACAUUGAGAAAUUCUCUAUUUCAAAUUUGACAAUAUCACAGUUUAUUUUAAACACAGCUUAACAUUAACAUAUCCGUUUUUUUUAUUUGUUUAUUCUUUAUUUUUACUGGACUGGUUUGGUUUGCUGAAGAAAGCUUUUUGUCAACACAUUUGUGUUUUGUCUUGUCUGCCUUCUGGUUUUCCUCUUAAUAUAGUCCACACUCAUAAAAUGUACCCACCUUCAAACAUUAUUUUUUCCCACACCCUUGGCUUGUAUUUUUUUUUAAAUGAAAUAUAUAUUUCCUUAUUUUUCAAGAAGAAUAUAAAUCCAGAUUUUCAGGAAUAUAACAUCAUUGAUUUUAUUAAUUAUUAAAUUUCAAAAAGGUUUUUUUUUUGGUUAUAUUAAUAAUUUGUGCAUUAUUUACUAGGUUCAAGUUGGCCGUGAGGGUUCUUGUGCUCAGUAUGGUAUGACAGCAGUGGAAGACAUUCCCGAAGGCUAUUGUCUGUUUCAAGUGCCUAGAACAAGUUUACUUAUGCCACAUAAUACUAACAUUGCUGGGCUCAUUGAGCAAGGUGAAAAAAUUUAUAUAAACAGAUUUGUUUAGAAUUAUAAAAAAAAUGUGUUUUGGUGAUGUCUAAAGUAUAAACACACUGUUUUGAAUACCACAUAUGACAUCUGCAUGCUCUAUAAAUAAACUUACAAAUCUCAACUAGGUCUUUUUCUGCCAAAAAAAGAGGCUACAUAAUUCAUUGCUGAAAUCUUACUUGCUUAGACUUGCUAUAGUGGAUUUGAUUAGUGUUUAGGUCCACAAAUGUACCACUGUUAUUAUUACAUCAUGACUAGUAACCUGCUUAUCUCUCCACAUCAGAGAAAUCUAAACUAGCAGCAACCAAUCAGUGGGUCCCACUUCUUAUUUCUUUAUUGCAUGAGGAGAACAAUCCUACUUCAAAGUGGCGACCAUACUUAGACCUCUUUCCUGACUUUGAGACAUUGGAUCUGCCCAUGUUUUGGGAACGGUAAUUUUUAAAAGUUUUAAGACCUUCUGUUAAGCCAUUACCAGAAAAAGUCAUAAUUAUUUUAAUGUUUCUCAUGAACAUCCAUUAUGUUACAAUUUUUAAACAUUAUUUAUUUACUCUGCAUGACCCUAGCUUUGUUUUUAAAUAUAAAUUAAACACAAAUAGCGAUAUAAAAAGUUGCAUUACAAGUUUAAAUAAAUGAGAAUGGUGAACUUGAUAUGAAGCUUAUAUAUAUUCAAAAUUAUAAAUAGGUAGGUAUGAUGUCUUUAAAUUAUACAGAUCUGAAUUAACUUUUUUCACACACCAGCAUUGUAAUAUAAAUAUAAUGUGUUAAAGUUUUCAUAAUCUUAAAAAUAGACUCUAUUUUUAUUUUUGUUUUACAUCUUUUCUUCUUUUAGCUAUCUUUUUUUUACUUAAUGUUGUAAACUAAUCUUUUGAAAUAUCACCCUUUAAAAAUGUAUAAAAUAUGCCUGUAGAAAUAUAAAAGUAGACUCAUUGAGAUGUCUCCAUUUUAAUUAAUAUUUUUGAUAUUUGGAAUAAAUGAUUCAGUUCAGAUAUAGAAAAACUCCUGAGAGGAACUGGCGUAGAUCUGGCUGUGGAGAGAGAUCUCAAGAUGAUACGAGACGACUAUAACAAACUUGUCUUACCUUUCUUUGAUAGACAUUCAGAUGAGAUCAGGUGACUUUUACUAUAGAAUUGUCUCAAAGCUGUAGAGGUUAAACAAAUAAACAUUUCAGUGACAAAUAUCAGACUUUUAGCUUGAUGAAGAUUUUUUUUUUUUAAGAUAGCUAAUUAAUAAUUUCAAAUCUAACUGACUUAAAAAAAAUUUUUAUUAUUAUUUCUCAUCUACUUUCCAGCAAGGGCCAGAUGGACUUGGAUUACUUCAAAAAGAUGGUAGCAUUUGUUAUGUCUUACAGUUUUACUGAACCUCGUCACAGAAGAACAAAAAAUUCAGAAAACAGUAAUUCAGGUGACAGUGGUGAAGAAGAGAGUGACUCUGAUGAUGACGAACCAUCCAUGUUACCUCCCAUGAUGGUACCUUUAGCGGACACACUCAACCACAUUACCCACAACAAUGCAAAGCUCACUUUUGGAAAGGAGGCCCUUAAAAUGGUUGCUGCAAGGCCCAUCAAAAAGGUGGAGAUAUUUCAUUAGUAGAUGAUCUCAUUCUCCUAUUUGAACAUUUCUCAACUUCUGUAAUGACUUCAGUACUUUAUUAAAAAUAAGAAGAAAAAAAUGUAAUUUAAAAUUUCCCAUACUGUAAUCUAUUAUAAUAGUUCCUUGAUUUUAAUAUAGUAACAGGUUCAGAUGAUAAGAAUGCUCAGAUAUAUUAUUAUAUAUAUAUAUAUAUAUAUAUAUAUUUAAUAGGAUUAAUUUCAGAUUUGGUAAAUUUUCCUAUGUGUAUGGGUUCAAAAUUUCUCCAGUUUUUUUUAUUGACCGCCAUCAAAUGGGUUCACAUGAUUAUACUUCUACUGUUUCUCCAGGGUGAGGAAAUAUUCAACACUUAUGGCCAGGUAUCCAACCUACAUCUCAUGCACAUGUACGGAUUUGCUGAGCCAUAUCCAGACAACACGAAUGAUGUGGUAGGAUUCUAAAUAUUAAAAAAAAUAAUAAUUGAAAGCUCUUCAAAUUAAUUACCUCCCUUUAAUCAUUAGCUGUUUUGCUAUUACUUAAACUUAAUUUAAAUGCAUUUUAAAAAAUCUUUUGAUAAGAAUCCAAAGCUUACGGACAUGUAGUAUAUAUUCAAUACUUGAACAGUGACAUUUCUGGAAGUAGUUGGUAUAAUAUAAUAUCUUUCCAUCACCUAGAUCAGGGCUGCACAACUCAAAAUGUAAGGCCUUAAUACUUCAUGAAAAACUUGUGCGGGCUGAAAGAAUAUAGGACAGGGGGGAAAGCUAUGAAGAAAUAAUAAUAAUAAAGAAUAUUUCAUUACUUCAUGGGCCGUAUGUUGUGCAGGUGUUACAAUAAGUUACAUUGUUAAAUAAAUGAGCUGUCAACUAUUGACUGUGCGACACUGACAUUGUCUUUAUCGCAUCUCUCAUUGGUUUCACUUUCUCUUAAUCAUGCUGGCUCUCCUGUUGAUUCUCAGGUGGAGAUCCCAGUGGUGAGGAUUUUUGAGGCAGCUAAAGAUCUACACCAAGAUAAGGAGUCAUCAUAUAAAAGUCACCUGGAUGUCGUGUGGGCAUUUCUCAUUGAACAGGUUGGUUUGUUACAUGUGACCGUAGUGACAUAUUAAUGAGAAAAUAAACUAAAUAUCUGUAAGGGGUGAAUCCAGACACACAGAAUGGUUAAUUUUAUUUGAUUGAGGGGUGAAUCCAGACACACAGAGUGGUUAAUUUCAGUUGAUUGAGGGGUGAAUCCAGACACAGAGUGGUUAAUUUCAGUUGAGGUGUGAAUCCAGAGAACCCAGACAUACUGAGGGGUUCAUUUCAGUUGAGGGGUGAAUCCAGACAUACAGAGGGGUAAAUUUCAGUUGAGGGGUGAAUCCAGACAUACAGAGGGGUAAAGCUUCUAAGGUAAACUAUAAUUGCAUUUGUCUAUGCCUGUUUCUUGUGUGGUGGACCUGCACUUUUCCCCCCCUAGGGACCAAUUAUCAAGAUCCGCACCCACACACAAAAUAAUAAAAGCCAUUAAAAUUGGCACCGUUCCCACCUGCAAUUAGUGCAGUGUGGCUAAACAACAGAUUUCUAUUAUACCACAUGGGGUUGGAUGGGUCUAUGUGCCCUUUAAUUUUUUGUUUAGAUAAGCAAGAAGAAAGCAUUUUUUUUUUUAAUGGUAUUUUUACGAGAUGAUAUCAGCAUUGUUUUUUCCAGGAAUUAAUUUUAGCUGAUGACAUUUUUGUUCUUGGGAGGGAAGGCAUAAUUACAGAUGACAUCUGCAUACAAGCUCUCAAGGUAAUUGGAUGACAUUUAACUAUAACAUGUGAUCUUCCACAUUAAUGUAAUUGUCAGUUGUCUCCAUUAGUUGUAAUUCAUCUCAUUUCUGGGGCCUUUUGUCUACAAUGAUGGUGCCUCCUCAGAGGCUAACAUUUUUAUUGUAGCUCCAAGAUAUUAAUUGUGUGAACAUAAUAAAGAUCGGAUGAACUUAAUUCAGAUUUGGCAGUACAAAUUUAGUUCGAUUUGUACAUUUUAUUAAUUGUUGGAUCAAUGUGUUCUGUCCACUGAGAAACAAAAAGUACUCUUAAAUCCAUUAUGUACGGGAAUGUCAUUGACUGGCCAUUAUUUCAUUCGUUACAGGCCAGUAUUUUACCAUUAAAUAUACAGAUUGAUCCCCAACUUUAAAUAUACUUGCAUAAUCCUUAAGGACAUACAAAUAAAUUGUUUAAAUUAUAGUGAAAAAUACAUCUAUUUUGUAAAAUAUGAACAUAGAUCUAUUUUCAUAAAUUCUUCCUAUCCACUAACCAGGUCCUUUCCAUGGACAAACAACAGUUUGUUGAAUACACAGAAAAAGAAGGUUGGAGUGAUGCUGAAAGUGACACGUCAUUGGCAGAAGACUCCAGACUAGAACUAGGUAAUGACCAGACUAGAACUGGAUAAUGUCCAGACUAGAACUAGAUAAAGACUAGACUUAACUAGGUAGCGUCCAGAAGUGAACUAGGUAAUGACCAGAUCAGAACUAGGUAAUGUCCAGAUCAGAACCAGGUAAUUUCCAGAUCAGAACUAGUUAAUGUCCAGACUAGAACUAGGUAAUGUCCAGAUCAGAACUAGGUAAUGUCCAGAUCAGAACUAGGUAAUGACCAGACUAGAACUAGAUAAAGACUAGACUUAAACUAGGUAGCGUCCAGAAGUGAACUGGGUAAAGACCAGACUAGAACUUAAAGACUUAAAAGCCUGAGCGUAAGUGUUGGCUCCACUCUUAUUUCAUUGAGGUAAACGAAGCGAGGACAAAGUAUAAGGUAAUGUCAAGAAACAGACACAGUGGUGACAACAUCAAAUUAAGCAACCACACGUUAGAGAGAGUGGCUGCUUAUAAAUAUCUAGGAUCUACUAUUAAUGAGCUCAGUGAAAUAAUGACAGAGCUGCAGUCAACAAAAAGCCGCUAGGAAGCAAAAACCUCUCAAGAAAAACAAAGAAAGGCACGCACACCAAUAUCAUCAAACCGAUUAUAAUUUACGCAAGCCAGACUUGGUCCCUUUCCAAAAAGCAGCGAACCUGCUCAAUACAUGAGUGAGAAAAAUCCGCAAGGAAAAUAUGCGGCCCGGGUAUAGACAAUGAUGGAUGGAAAAUUCAUACAAAGACAUCAGCUGUUCAAAGACCCACCCUGGUCGCAACAAUUAAAAAGGCAGACCGCACUAGACAACUUGUACCGCACUAGACACCUUGUACCGCACUAGACACCUUGUACCGCACUAGACACCUUGUACAGCACUAGACACCUUGUACUGCACUAGACACCUUGUACCGCACCAGACACCUUGUACAGCACUAGACACCUUGUACAGCACUAGACACCUUGUACCGCACCAGACACCUUGUACCGCACCAGACACCUUGUACCCCACUAGACACCUUGUACCGCACUAGACACCUUGUACUGCACUAGACACCUUGUACCGCACCAGACACCUAGUACCGCACCAGACACCCUGUACCGCACUAGACACCUUGUACUGCACUAGACACCUUGUACCGCACCAGACACCUUGUACCGCACUAGACACCUUGUACCGCACUAGACACCUUGUACCGCACUAGACACCUUGUACCGCACUAGACACCUUGUACCGCACUAGACACCUUGUACCGCACUAGACACCUUGUACCGCACUAGUCACCUUGUACGGCACUAGACACCUUGUACCGCACUACUUGAAUGUAUGUCCUGUCCCUGCAAGCACUGCCGACUGGACAAACUCAUAGUAUUUGGUUUCCUUUAUCUUCAGCCAAGAUUCCAAGUCUGGUGGAUGUCAGAUGGAAGCAGCUUCUCAAAAGGUACGAGUUUGAUCUGACUGAGAAAAAACCUUAGUGCGAGUUUUUUGUACUAAUCUGAUCAUGAUUCAUGAUUUCUAAGAUGUCAGCAAAUUCUUUUGGAUAAUUCUUUAUCUGUGUGACUUUCGUACCGUACUUAAUCCAUAUUCCCGAACAAAGGAAAGUAAUCCUGAUUUUUCAGUUGAAAUAUUUUUGUAAAUUUUUUUUAAGCUGCUAAAUAUUAAAUUUUAACAAACUUGUGAUAGUUUUAUCCAGAAAUGGAUUUUUUUUAAAGUAACAUUAACUGCCAAAGUAACAAGUGAAAAAAAAAUCAUUUUUGGCUCGUGUUCAAUACCUGCUAGAUAUAAUAUUAUUCAAACUAACAUUACAAUCAACACCUGCUAGAUACAAGACAAACCAUACUAACACCUGCUAGAUACAAGACAAACCAUACUAACAUCUGCUAGAUAUAAGACGAACCAUACUAACAACACCUACUAGAUAUAAGACGAACCAUUCUAACAACACCUGCUAGAUAUAAGACGAACCAUACUAACAACACCUGCUAGAUAUAAGACGAACCAUACUAACAACACCUGCUAGAUAUAAGACGAACCAUACUAACAACACCUGCUAGAUAUCAGACGAACCAUACUAACAACACCUGCUAGAUAUAAGACGAACCAUACUAACAACACCUACUAGAUAUAAGACGAACCAUACUAACAACACCUGCUAGAUAUAAGACGAACCAUACUAACAACACCUGCUAGAUAUAAGACAAACCAUAUUAACACGGCUUUAAAAACAAAACAAGAUAAAAACUUCCAGUUUUCUUUACUGAAAUUAUGCCAUUACAGAAGUCUCAAGAGAUGUAGUAUUUUGUUGUUACUAUUAAAUAACGAUGAGAGAGAUGUGUCAGUAGCCGUCAGUACACAUUUUUUUGCAUCCGAAUGACAAAUUUAUUUCUACCUUAGGGAAUGACUUAAAUUACUGUCUGCUGUUCAGAGAGAAUCCAAGUCUUUUUUACAUCUACUAUUACAAUAUGCAAUUAAGUAUUCAUUUAAGCCAGAUACUUCGCACAAUCUAUUACUAUUAGAUGAUUAUUAUUAUUUUAACAAUGAAACAUUCCGACAACUCCUGCGACGUCACUGGUGCCAAGCUGUAUCAUCCAAUGAUGUUCCCUUGGGUUACCCAGCGGCGUGGAGAGAGGCGAUUUGCUGUUGGGAACCAGCUUAUAAUCCUUCAAGUAUAUUCCCAGGUCAUGUGGAUUUCGUCCUCCGAAGCCCACUCCAUCGUCACAUUGUGACGGACGGAUGCCAGCAAAAAAAAAAAUUAUUUUAAUAAUGAAAGUAAUAUAAGCUGUUUAGUAUGAACCUUUCAAUGACAUAAGUUAGGAUUCAUGUAGAUCAGUUUCAAGAUUACCCAAUUCACCCCUCCCGCUAGGCACUCAUGUAGAAAAAACUAAAAGGAUCACCAUUUUACUUACACUUACACAAUACAUAAGGAUGACCCCGAUAUGGGCAUUGAUAUCGGAAAACCUAAAUAAAUGAUUAAUACCAAUUGUAUACAAUACCAUUUGUACAGGAUGGGACAGCUUCACCUCAACAACUACACAACAACCCUGGAAGAGGAUGAAGCAAAACUCAGAGUCAUCUCCACUUUGACAUCACAGGAGAAAUUUGCCCUGUAUACUGCCCACGGCCAGAAAAUGUUGAUUAAAUUAUUGAUUGAUGCCUGUAGUUAACAGUAAACUCGUAUUAUUUCA